AUGUCGCUAGCUGAAGCAUCGGAAGCACGAAAAGUGCGACUCAUUGCCCUUCGGAACCGAAAGCUUGGCCAGGGAGAAUUAUCCGAAGGUGGUGAAGGAAACCGUACCUUCAUCUUCAAACAGCGUAACUACGACCCUGAAACACGGACGUUACGAAAGCAUGGAGCCACAGACGAGGAGAAAGAUACCGUAGAGAAGGCGGUUGAGGGAUUGGCUGAGAAAAUUGCUGCGGAAGAUGAAGAACGACGUGCGCAGGAGCUAGAUCUAUUCAACAUCGCGCCCAAGAGGCCCAAUUGGGAUCUAAAAAGAGACAUGGAGAAGAAAUUGGGGAAGCUCGAACGGAAGACCCAAGAGUGCAUUCACGCGUUAAUCCGACAACGACUUCUGACUCAAAAGGGAGUGGACCCUUCUGCAAUCAAUCUUUCCGCUGGAAUCAGCGAGCGCCAAAAAGCUGCGGAGGACCAACUGGAUGAUAACGACAGUGAUGAAGAAUAA